UACUGCAUCGGAGUUUCUUUUGCCGUGCCGGUAAUCGCGAUGGAACACGACGACGACGACAACAGGGCUAACCUUGCAACUACUGAAGCCCGCGAAAUGACGACGAUCUCACACCAUUCGUUCUCAACGCCAGGUCAGACCAACGAAGGUUUUUCCAUCGACAUCAUUGAGAAUAUUAAGGGAGACUACGGACUCUUUGUGUGGCCGUGCAGUAUUGUGCUGGCCGAGUAUGUGUGGCAGCAGAGGUUGCGCUUCUCAGGGACAUCCGUGAUUGAGCUGGGGGCUGGAACUUCCUUGCCUGGAUUGGUGGCUGCGAAAGUGGGUUCAGAUGUCACGCUGACAGACAAUUCAAACAGAUUGGAGGUACUGGACAACAUGAGAAGGAUGUGUGAACUCAACAAAGUCAGCUGCAAAGUGUUGGGACUCACCUGGGGAGAGUGGGACACACCCAUAUUCAGUUUGCAUCCAGAUAUAGUUCUUGGAGCUGAUGUGUUGUACGAUAGUAGUGACUUUGAUGAUCUCUUCGCAACGGUGACAUUUCUUCUCCAAAAUUCUCCUGGAUCAGUCUUUAUAACAACAUACCAUAACAGGAGUGGGCAUCAUCUAAUUGAAUACUUGAUGGUGAAAUGGGGCUUGAAGUGUAUAAAGCUCUUAGAUGCCUUCUCAUUCAUGCCCUCCUCCAAGACAUCUUGUACAAGUGGCAACAUUCAAUUGGCAGAGAUUAUGUUGGAUCUUCAACAGCCUCAGUGUGUUCCUGCGAUUGGAGUCUAACGGUGGUACCAAAUUCUGAAUUGAGAGGUAGUUAAAAUUGUAUGGAGGAUGCGAUAUGAAGAAGACA